UGAGUCGUUCAGAAUCCUUCGUGUCAGUCGGACGUGUUUGCUGCGCCCGGACCCACAGAACAUGCGUUCGGUGCAUUAUUGUGUGAACAACUCGAUCAAGUAGAGGAUGUUUAGGUUGAAGUGAGCGCAGCUCCAUUGCGUGAAUUACCCCGGUUUUGUUUGUGAGCCUCUUUCGGUGGUGAUCAUGUUGAAAACUAGUUGCCAAAUAGCUGUGCACAACAAACGGAGAAGUGAAAAAUGUGGCCCAACGUUUGGAAACAGCGACAAUACGAGCCAUUUACUAUCGUAACCACCCACCAAAAAGAGUGAUUUCGGGCGCGUUUUUACCCGUUUGUGUCGGAUGAUGAUGAUGAUGAUGCAUCUAGCGAAUAAAAAACGUGACAGCUUUUGAACACCACCUCCUCGAAUGGUGCGGUGCACACGGUGCCAAAUUUAUCCGAAUGUGUCGACAUUAAUCAGCCACGUCGCACGUGGUGGUUCGUUCUAAGGUAGAUCGCUCCAAGCUACUACUGCACCCCCGUGAUCAGUGUGUUCUAGGGCUAGGCUGCAUGCAAGCUCGGGUGAUAUUGAUAGUUGCAACGGUUCGGUGAAGGUCGUGCCGAAAACAGCCGCGAUCCUUGAAACUGGGAUUACGUAUGCCAAAAAAGAUAGUGAUGCAGAAGAUUGGAAAACAUCUGUAAUGCAACGCUUAAACCGAAGCCAAAGAAAAUAGUGUAGUUAAUACCACCACCUCGGUUAAAAAAACAUCUGCAAUAGUGUGUUACGUGCUGGUGUUGUGAAUUUGUUAAGCCCCGAUUGUUUGUAGCCAAAAAAUAGCGAAAAAAGUGUUCAUCAAACCAAUAAGUUAUAUUCUGAGCCACUGAUGUGGUGUUUGUUAGAGUGAAGUGCUGUAAGGAAAAAUUGAAUCGUGGCAAUAUCUUGGUUACUGUUUUUGUACAAUUCAGUACGUACAAAGGCACGUGUGGCAGAUAAACAACGCAGAAACGAAAGAGUGAACGAAAACAAAAACUUGUGCAAACAAAAAAAAGUACACAUAGUCACACACAUUCAAACACACAAAGCAAACAUCUUUAUCACACACACGCACGAUGACGAUGCUGGCGGUGAAAAAUUUCUUCCUGCCCGAACGGAAGGCACCACCAGAAACGCCAAAGUUUAGCCGCAUGCCGGAAGCCUUCCUGCGCUCGAUCCGGCGCCGAUCGCUCCGCAUCAAACGCCCGAAAACUGUCAUCGUCGAGCGGGAGAAGCGAAAAUCGGAUUCGUUCGUCAACAGUCAGGAAUGGACCAUCUCACGAUCGGUGCCGGACAUCCGGCUCGGUAUUGUCGGCAGUCUCAGCUCGGGCAAAUCGGCCCUGGUGCACCGGUAUCUGACCGGCACCUACAUGCAGGAGGAGUCGCCCGAAGGUGGCCGGUUCAAGAAGGAAAUUCAGAUCGACAAUCAAAGCUACCUGCUGCUAAUACGGGACGAAGGUGGACCGCCAGAAAUACAGUUCGCUGCCUGGGUUGAUGCGGUAAUCUUUGUCUUCAGUCUGGAUAAUGAGUCUAGCUUCAAUGCGAUCUACACCUACUACAACCGGAUAGCGCACCACCGUAAUACGGCCGAAAUUCCAUUUAUUCUCGUUGGAACGCAAGAUGGAAUUUGCGAACGAGCACCACGAGUAAUUGACGAUGCACGAGCCCGGAAGUUGGCGCAGGAUCUGAAACGGUGCACCUAUUACGAAACCUGCGCCACCUAUGGACUGAACGUGGAACGAGUAUUUCAAGACGCCUGUCAGAAGAUCGUCCAGCAGCGUCUCUCGACCGGAUCAACGAUAACGCCAACCAACUCACGGCCCACUACGCCCCAAGGUACGCGGCUUGGUGUGGCCAGCUUUCACCCGUCAGUUCCUAGUCCCACGAAUGGGUUCUCCGGUGGUCCGCAGCUAGGCAGCAACUCUUCGCCCAGCCACCAGCCACAACAACAUCCCCAGAAUCAUCAAAACUCCGCCGGCGGCACUAUGACGCUGCCCCACCGGCAUCACGUCCUGUCCGCCUCGAGCCAUCACAUUCCGAUCAAGAUCAGCCAGGAGCUGAUCAGUGCGGAGUCACAGCAUCACCACCAUCACUCCAAUGUGGCCGGUGCAAACGGCGGUGGCACGCAGAAGUGGGGCACGAUCUCGCACGGAACCUCCCAGCAGGCACUGUUGGCGCUGACGAACGAAAACAACAACAUUGCAAAGUUUGUCCCACCGACCCAUCCCGUCUCGAGCGGACCAAUCGACACGCUGCAACCGCUCGGACUGUCCGCAAUGUCGGCGAAGGACAGCAGCAGCAGCGGUGGCGGUAAGGACGGAAAGGAUGGCAAAGAGCUACCAACGCCAACGUCAACACCGACCACGUCCCGCAAGAGUCGCCGAAGAUCGAAUCUCUUCAUCCCGUCGUCCUCGAAGAAGGAGCAGCAGCAGCAGGAGAAGAUCAAGAACGGCGAGCUCGGGUCCGGACGUGCCAUCCCGAUCAAGCAAGGCUAUCUGUACAAGCGCAGCAGCAAGUCGCUCAACAAGGAGUGGAAGAAAAAGUACGUCACGCUGUGUGACGACGGUCGGCUCACGUACCAUCCGUCCCUGCACGACUACAUGGAGGAUGUGCACGGGAAGGAGGUGUCGCUGCAGUACGUCACGGUGAAAGUGCCGGGCCAGAAGCCCCGCGGCACCAAGUCCAUCAUCACGAACAGUGCACUAACGGCGGCGGCCGCCGCUGCUGCCCAGGCGUCGUCGUCCACCAACGGUACGAAUGGGUCGAAUGGCGGGGCUACGGCCAGCUCGAACGGUCUUACCGAAGGCAUCGGUGGACUGUCGCUCGCCAAGGAUCGCAAAUGCACGGAAAAGGUGCUGUUGACGGCGUUCGAUACGCUGCGCGAACCGGUCAAAUCGAACUCGCAAACCAGCGGCGAUGAGGGCAUCGUGAUCAGUAGCAGCAACUCGCAGGGUUUCCUGGGCUGUGACAGUAGCAGCAACACGACCGGUGCCGGAGGAGGAGGCAGCAAGAUCGACGCGCAAACGCCAAACGUGAAGAAACGUCACCGACGCAUGAAGAGCAGUGGCGUGGGGAAGAACAGUGAAUAUGAUGAUUCCGACGGGUUCGAGUUCUACAUCGUAUCGCUAGACAACAAGCAGUGGCACUUUGAAGCGUCCAACUCGGAGGAACGCGAUGAGUGGGUGUCGGUGAUAGAGCAGGAGAUCUUCAAGAGUUUGCAGGGCAUCGAGUCGUCCAAGUCGAAACCACUGAACCCGAGCGAUAUCGCGUCGAUGCAGUCCAUCCGAAGCCGUGUCCCUGGCAACGGUUACUGUGUUGACUGUGAUUCACCAAAUCCCGAGUGGGCUAGCUUGAAUCUGGGCGUACUGAUGUGCAUCGAGUGUUCCGGAGUACACCGCAACUUGGGUUCCCACAUCAGCAAGGUGCGAUCCCUGGGAUUGGAUGAGUGGCCUCCUGGCCAUUUGAGUGUGAUGCUUGCGAUCGGCAACAGCUUAGCGAACUCCGUUUGGGAAGCAAACACGCGUGGUCGCGUGAAACCCACGCCCGCCAGCUCCCGGGAGGAGAAGGAAGCGUGGAUCAGGAGCAAGUACGAAGGCAAGGAGUUUCUGCCCCACUUUAACCCUUCCCCUCCGAUCGGACAGCAGCUCUGCGAAGCCGUGGUACGGUCGGACAUGAAAUCCAUCAUCAUCCUGCUGGCGAACGCCUCGAACGAGCAUAUCAACUCGACCGCUAGCAACCGUGAUCUCCGGACGCCAUUGCUGUUGGCCUGUGCCAUCGGUAAUCUCGCCAUCUCGCAGCUACUGAUAUGGCAUCACGCUAACCUGAAGCACGUGGACAGCGAGGGCCGCUCGUGCUUAACCUUCGCCAAGGCGGCCAACUCACUUGCCGCCGCGAAACAGGCCACCAACUCGCCCCAUCACGUGAACGUGGAAACGACGAAAGCCCUGGUCGAGCUGCUGACCAGCCUCGGCUGUACCGAUCCGGCACCGUUCUCCGCCAGCGGUACGCUACCCCGCCGGCGGGAAACCAUCGAUCAGGCAACGUUCGAAAAGUUUUCCUCCAGUGUGAUCUGAGCGAGCGGUUAAGAACGUGUAUAGCAAGCUUAUAGAAAAAUUACGAGGAACGCAAUCUCUCAAGACGGACGCGUGAGAAGGGAAGAGAUUCUCUUGUAUGUAUAGAACCCCACCCCGUAUGUACAUUUAGUUCUUAACCUUAAGCAGAAUUACCCUCCGCUUAUUUGUGUGUGCGUGCGUAAAGGUGGGCGAUAAGAAGGCGUUAGGCGGAAUAGUGUGAUGGUACGUUAGCGCCCAAUAUCCCUUCUGGCCUGUUGUGAUCCGUUUUUAAAGUAUCGAGUAGCAGAAGCGUUUUGUGUUGUUUGGUUUCCAAAAUUAGAGAAAUUGCGCAUAUAACUAUUUGUAUUGGUGUACAUAUAAGUUAGCUUCCUCUUCCUACUGUCUUUCUAUCCUAAUAGCGUCGUCUCGUUGUUUUGCCAAAGGCACACGGAGCAACAGACGGUGAUCGAUAUUAUCCUUUUCUCUCGCCACUGUCGUCUAUUCGUACGUGUAAAUGUGUUACAAGAAAAGUGGAUGAUCCUACCCUUUUGAAUAGGUUAGACAGGAUGGUGUUAGUUUUUAGCUUUAAAUUGGUCUUUUUUCUUUCCCGAGCAAAGAGAGAAAAGAAUCACCACCUGCCUCCUCCUCCCUGGUUUUUAAGUUUUAAUAAUGGUUGUUUUCGCGUGAUAAGAAUUAGAGGUUUAUUUUAGUUGGCUAAAUUACACUAAAGCUCCGGAGUGCGUGAAGGUGGCUCUCCAGCAGCAGCAGCAGCAGCACGGAGCGUAAAAUUCUAUUCUGAUGAGGCAUAAUUCUAGGACCAAGGAUUCUAGAGGAAACUGAGUUUUUUUAAACCUUUAUCCCCUUCAUUUGAGGAGAAGGUGGUUGAGGCGCUUGUGUCGUACGCAAAACUAUUUAUUCAAGCAUUGCCUUCAACGUUCUUGUUUUAUUUAUCCAGUUCCUGUUUCGUUUCCUACCUGUUUGGCAAAAGGAGAAGGACACACACACACAGAGGGUAGUUCCUACACUAUACGGUUUAGUUACACCUCUUUUGUUAGUAGCAUUGUAGCAAUUGUUGGAAGGAAAAAAAACAAACAGAUCGGUUUAGCGUCAUACAAGAUAAAGCAAGCAUUAUAGUAUAAGCACCCGGAAACAGUAGUCUCGACACGCCAACAAAACAAACACAAGAAAAUCUAUACAUGCCAAAAUGGUUACGAUUUACUAACGAAUGAAAGAGAGAAAGAUAGAGAGAGAGAGAAGUAGUAUUUUCCCAUCCGCAGUGCCGAUUUUGAAUGCAAUAUUCGCUCUUGCUCUGUCCCCCCUGGUAGUAUAGGACGCAAUGUUAAAGACGACAUAGCUACACAUAAUCGAACACACAGAGACAGGCAGAUAGCAGCACCACCACCACCUCUCCAUUAGCAGCUGUGUUGUGCACCCCACAAAAGGUAGACGAGAAUGUACAAGUUUUCUGUGUCUUGUGUCAGUGUGAAGAAAGUGUAACAUGGUAGAGCAACAAGAGAAACAAAACCCGUGGAGAGUUAUGCAUAUGAAACAUGAAAACGUUCGGAGUUUAUUAUAAUAGAAGUAGUAGCAAUACACACCACAGCAAUUAACAGAAACAGACAAAUACAACAAAGCAAAACAAACAAGAAGUAAGGAGGAGGUAAAAGCCCAACUCACUCUCUCUCGCUCUCUCUCCCUGUAGACACACGUUAAAGUAUCGACAGUUUAUAAUAGUGAACACCUGUGCUAGUAGGUAGUAGUAUAGCGAGAGCGUUUUUUCACAACCAUUUAACCGGUUUUUUCGUAGUGGUGGUGCGCGUGCAGCCCGCUACGCAUCCCCACAGCAAAAGCUAUUAUAGACUAGUAUAGAGACGAGAGCUAAUAAGAGCAUAUGUUGAAAACUUAUUACACUAAAACCAAACCCUGCACGUUACAAAAUUUAAAAACACUACAAAGGACAUAAGGAAAGUGGAAAACUUUAUCAGUAGCUGUGUGAAUGCGUUGAGGCGGAAGUGAGCUAAGCAAAACAGGAAGAGACAGCAGCAAGUAGAAGGGAAAAAUGCUAGUACCUCGUAGUAAGCACCAGACCUCCUUUCUCCCAUACACACAAACCAACAUACAAGCAGAAGAAGUAUCGCGCCGGUACAGUGCAGGCUCUGUGAAUUACGCAAAGGGACGAUAGGAGGAUUCUUCGAACUACAAAUUUGAGACAGAGAAAAUUGAACGGAACUGUGCUUGUACAACAACACGGCAGACUGCGUCGUGGACAGAUGGAAAUAUACGAUACGAUGAUACGAUGAAAAUUA